CGUGAGUGAGGGGGUGCCUCCUUGGAUGGAGGGAGCCCACAUUUGCUGUGUUUCAGUCUCCUUAUGUUCCCUGCUUGUCUGAAAGGCAGAAAAGCUGCAGGGCAUAAGGGGAGGGUGAUGGAGAAUGUUGUCAAUAUUGCAGAGACUCUGGUCAAUACUGGUUGCUGUUGAUGGUUGAGAGUUAUCCACCUAGGCGGGUGACACACAGGAAGAAUGUGUCAGGGGAACAUAAGGCAACGCAGACCCCCUCUUCCUUCAACCUGUUACCAACUGAAUGGCUGCUGUGGAACAAGAAGAAGAAGAAACAGAAGACCACAAGUGAAAGCCAGGACCAGCCGCAGCAGCAAGUCCCAGUGGUCAGCAAUAUCAAGGGGAGCACUUCCCAUGCACCACAACCCAGAGCCCCCAGCAUCCCUAGGACAGCUGUCACAACCCAGGACAGUAGGAAGAAAAUGUCCAGCGUGAGCGUGAGGCAGUACAGUGAGGUGAGAGGAAAGCAGGAUGAGGCUGUGCUGGAGCCAGAAGGGAAGUGGGACAGCGUUGGAGAGGUGAAGCCUCAACUACUGCCAGAGGAAAUUCACUUACUAGACCAGGAUCAGCUACCCCCAGAGGAAAUCCACUUAGCAGACCAGGAUCAGCUACCCCCAGAGGAAAUCCAUUCAGCAGACCAGGAUCAGCUAUCCUCAGAGGAAAUCCACUUUCCAGAGGAAAUCCACUUUCCAGACCAGGAUCAGCUACCCCCAAAGGAAACCCGCUUACCAGGCCAGGAUCAACAGGAGGCACUGGAGGAUGAGGGGACAGACACUGAGAAGAAUCUGAGCUCUGACCUGGCCACAGUGGUGAACUACAUCUCAGAGCCAGAGGACUUGCUGUGUCUUGCUGCUGUGGAUGAUGCCUCUCUGGCUGCCCUUCCGCUGCCAUUGUCAGAGCCUGACAUCUUCAUGGAGAACCAGGCCUUGCUGCUGGAGAGAUGCCCUACUCCACCCAAAUAUUCCCCAGACCCUACCUUAGAGUACAAAGAUGACACCGAGGACAUAGAGUCCAUCCUGGAAUCUAUCACCAGCAAGGUCCUGACCAGCACUGAGAGGCUAGAAAACUCAGGACACAUGGGAGGUAAGGGCAGGUCUUUUUCUUUGGAAGAAACUUAG